UUUAAUCCAUCAGGCGGGAAUCGGUUUGUUUAUCCGCUGCCCGUGGACUUGAGUGCUUUAACUGUAGCGUUAGCUAACAUCCGGUCCUUGUUUUCUGUCUGUUUUUUCUUUUAGUUUAUUUUUACUGGUUUUCUAUGGUUGUUUGAAGUGUUUUCGGAGCUCAGAGGAGACUCUUUGUAAGGUCCAGUCCGGCCGUGUUGUGAGAGUAUUCAGCUGAUCCGCCUGAGUGUGCGAGAGUGUAGUAGCGCCGCAUGGAGGCCGUGCUGGAGAACUUGGGCAGCACUCUGGAGCUCCUGGCGGUCUCGCAGAUGGACUUUGUGAGUAAAUGGGAUGCCCAGACGGCGGACAGGGCGUUUCAGUGGGCUGCGUACUGCGAACAUGUCUACACUCGUUUCCACUCCAACCCCUCCGUUCGGGCGGUGCUGGAGGAGUGCCUGCGCCUGACCAACGAGCGGCUCUGCGAGGCUUUACCCGGACAUCGGCCUCUGAGCCUGUCCGAUUUGUCUCAGUGCCGCCACAGGUUGUUGAUCUGUCUGUUAAGAAAUCCCCUGACGCCAUACUCGGUUAUUAAAUCACUUUUUGACAAGUCUCUGCUGUUUGAGGGUGAUGGAGACAUGAAACAAGGACGUGAAACAGACAUGGACCUUGCUGGUCUAAUUGGGUGCAAAUCAGCUUGUAAGAUUUUGGGCUCUUUUCCGUUAAACCCAAAGGGAACUCCCGACUCGGCUGCUGUAACUCAGACACAUGUUCAAGGCCUGAUGCUCUUACAGCGCAUUCACGCCUUGCAGCGCCUCCCAGGCAAUGACAGUUACAACAAAGCACUGUUGGACGCAGUCCUCCAGGACAGUGGAGGCCUGGGCCACUUCUCUGACGUCAUUACAGCUUCACUCCUGAUGAAGGACAGCAGCAGCGAGCACACUGCAGCUCAAGACUUCCUCUUAGACUGGUUACAAGGAGAUGAAGGUUUGCUCCACAGCGUGUGUCACUCCUUAUCUGUUGAGCAAUGUGCCAAGCUCUCCCAGCAGUGGCCAAAAUUUAGACUUCUUUACUGGGGCAUUUUGAAAAAGUGGGCGUCCUCCUUGGAGUAUGAUGUGGCUGCUGGAGUAUGGAUCCAGCCGUGUGACAGUGCUGUGUCAUUUAAGACAUUAGUGGACCAUUUCAUGUCCUUAUGGAGUUCACCGUUAAAAGAGGAGACUAAGAAAGAGCUGGUGGUGCUCAAAAAGGAGGAAGGGGAUUUUGAUGUCCAGGGACUCAGUGUGUGGACAGAUCUGCUCAUUCAGCUUAAAUGAAUGUGGUUUGUCCAGCUUUUGGACGCAGCCAAGUCAAGGGUUAAGGUGAACAUGCGUUUUGAUGAUCGCUGGACUAAUGUUAUUCAUUAACUGUCGUCUGGUGCUUGAAAACCAGUGGGUAAUUUAUAAACAAGCCUUAAUGACUAUUUAUCUUAAUAUGGCACCUGACCUCACCAUGUGGCAUCUCUCCCUUUUAUGGGGAGGGUAAGUAACUCAGUUUUAGCAGUUGUACUGAAGAUAUUUCUCCUUUAAUUCAGCAUGGUGGAUUUUGCCUUCAGCAGACAGGGGGAGACAAUGCUCUUUAACUAGCUUCAUACAUGUGCUGUCAGGCCACAGGGGUUCUGUAAUACCAGUACAGCUGUCAAACUCCCCUCUUUCUGUAAUCUCAUGCUGCGUAAUAAAAAUGAAUUGUUAAUUUUA